GUUCCAGAAGAAACAACUAUAGCAAAAGCCCUAAGGCACCUCUGAGAGGGAGACACCCUCUCAGCCAAGUACCCAACAAGGGACAUGAGAAGGCUUCUGCUGUGCAACUGCCAGAGAAACAGUGGACAGAUCAAAGCAGGAGAGGACCAACAUCUGUGGUAACCAAAGCAAGGACAAGAUGAAACUGAGGCACAGAGAGGCUAAGUGACUUGCUGGUAAGUGGUAGAGCCAGAACUGAACCCAGAUGGAUGAUGGCCAUUUGGAGUUGAAAACUGAAGUUACCCCAAAUCAGAAAUCUUCAUUGUGUAUUUGUGCAGUUACUUUUGGAGCUCAAGUAAAGGACUUUACAUGUCAGGUUCCACCUGAAUUCCUUCCAUGCUUUUCAGCAACUGAACCAUUUGGGUGGCCUGGAAGAGCCUGUGAGCUCCCUGGAGAAAGGAGACAGUGUGGAUGGAGAAGAAUCUGGAGUAGAGACGAGUCUGGGGACCCUGCCUUUCAAGUCUUUUGUGUGAGGGCUGCGUUGGUGGCCCAACUAGCCAGGGAAGGGCUAUGCUGGAUGAGAUUCCUGAUUUCCAUAAGCUGCACCUGGAGGUUUAUACAGGAGAGGAUCACUGGGGCAGACUUGAACCAUGGUGCCCACAAGUGGGGAGGGUGCUCCAGCAGCCAUGGAAAGAACUUCCUUCUGCAGUUGGAGACAGCCUUCUGUGUGGGCAGCCAAGGAUGGGGAUUGCUCUCAGCUGCUGUGUCCUCUCCCCUCCCUCCCUCCCCAGCGGGUUAUCAUGCUGACUCGACUAACACAAACCCCCAUAUGGAUGCAGUCCAAACGCCAGAUGUGCCCCCGAUUAGUGUCGGUCUGGGGAAUGUUUCCAUGACUGAAAGGUCCAACUUUGCAAUUUACCAGGUGUCUGAGGCAAGUGCCUUCAAGGAGCCUUUCUCAGACGUGGGCCCGCUGAAGAUAGAACAACAGAUUGACUUCUUCCUUUGCUAG